AUGAGUGUUAACAGCGCAUUCACCUUACGAUCAAAUUUUCAAUUCCACGUUACUAAAAAUUUUUGGCCGAAUUUCAUUGCUUUAAAUCAUGUGAUUGGUUCUCCUUCAGCAACCUCUUCAAGGUUGCAGUAUUUAACAAGGGUCUUGGAACGGGUGGAACAUCACUCCACUCUGAACUCCAGUGAAGUGAAUUAUUUCGUGCCCAACACGAUGGUUGUCAAUAAUAAAAUAUCAUACAAUGUCAUCGUCUUUGCAGCCGCUAUAGCAGCUGCUGGUGGCUACCACACCAUUGUUACUAGAAACCGUGACACACCAUUGGACAUGGGCCAAUUCAUAAUUAAACGAUUUGUGGAAGAUACUGAUGAGACACCAGAAGGAAGCCAUAUCUUCAUGAAAGUUGAUAGUCCAUUCCCAGAGGAUGCACAUCUACCAAAUAUGUUCAGGCUAAAUAAUCGCCAAUAUUCGCCAAUGGAACAACAUGUUUUCACUGAGUACUAUAAUCAACCAGCAGGGGAUGAGCUCAUCGAAGAUGGAGAUGAGAUUGACGGAAGUCAAUUUCCGCCAGAAGCAAGAUCUUUUCACCAGCACGAAGGUGAUCAAUCCGUAGGGAAUGGGUUUCUAACAAACGAAUGUGACAUUUAUGAUAUUAUACCGUUGCAAAAGAGAGUACCUUUUCUUUCAGAACGUAUUCCCACAGAUGAGGUACCUGCAGGAAACAGGCCCUCACCGAAAAUUACCAAAGUGAGUGGCCCGCUGGCGUCGGACGUAAAAAUUGUCCUCAGAAAUAUGAACGUUCCAAUCGAUGAAGGCUCGAGUGGACGAAAGAUAAUUGCUGUUAAACCGGUGAAUGAUGACAUCUAUCUGGUGGAAGAAGAGAAUUCUGAAUCGCCGGAAGAUUCUUCACGAAGAGGGCUCGGCAAGAAGCUAGCUUUGGUGAAAUUUCCAUUACUGAAAAUUGAGAAGAACCCUCCCCCCCAACCGACGGACUCUCAACCGACAGAGGAACCUAUUUUAGUCGUGAAAGAACACGAUCAGCCGACCAACAAUAAUCAUUCACCAGCCGGAUCCCAAAAAGAUACCGAUCAACCAAUGCUGGAGGAGAAACAAUCCAUAGAGCAUGCGUUUAUACCAUUAAACGAGAGUAUUUUUCCGAACGAUGGUGAUUGUCAACCUGGAACUCGAUUCCCGUAUUACUGCAACAAUUGUACCUGCAACAGUUCUGGCAAAGGUGCCUCCUGCACUAAAAAGCUAUGUGUUACAGGAUCUUUCAACAGGGACGGAAGCCUGAAAAUCAAACCUGAACCAAGUCAGGCGUAUGCUUUCCUGAAAUAUGUUGAAUCCCAUGGAAAUCGGACAUCAUCCAACAGCUCCAAAGAGCCGCAGGCAGUUAUCGGACAUGGUCGCUUCACCAAGGAGAUCAUUGAUGCAGACGGAUCCAAGAGAAAGGAGUCUACGCUUCUAGGAUAUUUAAUAACCAACGAAAGCUCUGGGUCACCCAAACAGCCCGACAGCCACUCGCAAGAGAUCGGGAAUGACGUUCCAACCACUAAGAAUACAAUCAAUUUCGCUAAUGAAUGCAAGGCGGAUCCUUACUUAAUUGUAAAGCCGAUGAAACCUACCAAAAUCCUAGAAUACCCGAACUUAUCGAUUAUAGGAAAACUUGAGUCGACUGGAAACCUGAUCCCACCUGAGAACUAUAACAAUCAUAAUUAUGAACGUGUUGGAACGUUUUAUCGACCAUAAAGGACUUCCUAUGUACGCCGAGAGGACCAGUCUAAAUUGCAAGUUCUUGCAGUUCAUCAUGUAAAGAGCAUGAUGUCGUUCACACGAUAUGGCAGGAAGCCAUUCUCGUAAUGAAAAAGAAAAUAGACUGAAAUAGACAAUUUUUAAUGCCCCAAGAAACAAUAAGAACAAGACAAUUCCUGUGGCAUUAAACGCUAACAAUAUUUUGCCGUAGUGAUUAAAAUAGUUGCCAGGAAAGGCCCGAGGUCAAGGAAAGAUCAGAGCAGAAGAAGAAACGAUGGUGAAGGAGUGGCAAAGGCUAAUUGGAGGCAGAUAAAUCCAGAACAGUGAUUAAUUAAAUAUAAAAACUCUCAAUUCUUCAUUUUGCCUGUUUUGUGAUUCCACCGAAUGACUUCUUGUCCGAUGAGUGCACACGAUAAAAUGUUUAUAUAUUAAAACCAUAAUCAUCACGUAGGAAUGUUCUUCAUUCGUUGCUAAUUAUCGCCGAAGCCACAAAUAACUGAUUAGUCAUUUAAUAUUAGGUAUUGUGUGAAUGAUUGUGGAUGGAUUAAAAUAGUGUUUAAUAUAAUAUGUUAUAGCACUUUAUGUUUGGUGUACAAUUCUACGAUUAUUGAUCGAGUUAGUAAUUAAAGUGACGAGGGAAGUUGAAAGACUUUUUCUCUUUAUUUAUUAUUCGCCAUAAAACUGGUGAAUGUACAUUUCCACGUUGAUGUUUAUGUUGCUUUUUAUUUGCUUGAUGACGUUAAUACGUGAUACAAUGCUCAUCAUUGCAAACAUUCAUCAACACGUCCGAAAAUUAAACAAUCAGUUAAUGAGAUGUCGCACGUAUGUUGAAGACUCCUAUAGGGAAUGAAUUCUAUCGAACAUUAUAAUGGUUUUUAACAAAUUUCAAUCACUUCAAAAAAUUAUUGAAUCAGUAUUGGAAAAAUAAGAUAAUUUUUAACUUAACUGACAUGGUUUU